AUGUCUUCAAACACUGGGAUUAUAACCGGAAUUUAUUCUUCUGCACUCUCUAUCACCGACAAUGACUGGGUCGAGCAAUUGACAACAGACAUUCCUUUUCUUACCAUUGGCAUCGUAGCACUCGCUGCACUGACUCUUUUGCUCACUACAACCCGUCUAUCUAUCCCGGCGGUCUGCAUCAUCCUCUCCGCAUUUCUAGCUUUCAGUGGAGCCAUAUUUGACUUCUCUCGGCUGCUUCAAGAGGCAAAGUCGAGCCCCCCGCCACAAUCCGAUGAUACAUCCACUCCAAGGCAGUUCCCUCUUGUCGUGCUCCGCGAAGUCAAUCUUGCCUUAUCCAUCUCGCUCAACUACUUUUUCUUCUUUGUCUAUCUCGGCCGUCCUCCCCGAGGUGAAGCCCGCCUGGUCGAGUUUUCCCCCCUCUCCCCUUCAAAAAGAAUGUCGCCUUCGCGAUGGGCGUAUUGGGGUGUCACUGGCUAUCUUUUGCAGGCCAUUCUCGCUGCAAGCAUCAUCGCAGUCGCAGUACUCGGGAUCAUCUGGCGUAUUGGAGGGAGGGCGGCUGGGCUCGUGUACAAGGCGGACCAUCUCCUCGAAGCAAUCCUUGCCCUUGCAUUUCUCGGCAAAGUCUGUCUAAACGUUUUUCUCUCCCCGCUUACGCCGAGGUGGAAGACGGCUAGAAACUAUCUUCCCGUCAUCUAUGCACUUUCCACUCGUCUCGGUAUUGUCAUCACUAGCGAGUUUUGUGCUGGAUUCACCGAAGCCCCUUUGGGCAGGUUCCUCCAGGCGAUUCAGUUAUAUGUGCUCAUCGUUCUCAUCAUGGUGUCUCCAUACUAUGGAAAGAACGAGGAUGAAGACUCGACUCGUCCUGUACCUCGACCAGAGGAAAAGCGAGCAUCCUCGUUCCGUGGACUUCGCUUCAGCACCACCUCGCAAUGGUCCAUGCUCAACCCAAAUCCUGGUACAACGGAAAAGCCGGCCAUGCCACCACCUCCAGUGACCCUUCCAACGACCGAAGGCCCCAAACGACUUAGUCCAACCAAGCGUCUCUCAUCAUGGCUGACCAACCGCCUCACCCCAUCUGGCGCGGGGGUAACGAGCAAUGCAGACGGACAGCUCGAUCGCCUGUGGAAUAAGGACGCGAACCGUUCUGGUGACCUCGAGGCUCCGCCAACACCGAUAGGCAUCGCUGUGGGAGGCACAGACGACGAUGGCGUAAGCCCACGACCAGAAGGCGAGACGCCUAUGAUGGCGUCCUGGCGUGAUCCCUAUGGUGUCCCGAAUCCACUGACCACCCCCGAAACGGCGUCCUUUGCCAUUCCACCAACACCGUUCAGCACUGCGGAUACAGACGACAGGAGUGUAUACGCGACGACACCUGUGACAGGCAGCGAAAAAAUUCCUCCGGUUCCUCUCCCUACAAGGUCGCAACUAAUGGCCCUACCGCCUCCUCCGCGCGGCCUGCCUCCACCCCCACCAACUCAGCAGACACUUCCAUUGAACGGGAAGAGCGCUAUGAAAAGGGAUGAGAAGCGUCGGGUGUCAGGACUGUCCGAGACAGACAAGGUUCAGAUUCCUAGCGGCAAGUUCAUUGGUCAAUUCGAGGUCCGAAAAGACUAUGAUUCAGACUCUGACUCGCCAAUCUAUGGGAUCAACGGGAUCAUUCAGCGCAAAGAAAGCCGGAUGAAGAAGGAAGAGAAGAAACGGAUCUCGGCAUUCCUCGAAGCUAGUACCGCAAGUGCACUCGAACGGCUCAAGCGAGAGCAGGAGGAACUAGACAAGAGCAUGCAGGGCAUGGCAGCGUUUUCGCCUUCACGCAAUGUGUUCACCUCUCCAGCCAAGCCAGACGCACCGAAGGGCGACAAGAGCCCAACGAAAUUAUCAAGCACCAGCGGAGACCAGGACGUGUUGGGCAACUCAUUUAGACCCAGUUACAACAGUGCACCUAUAUCCGAGAGCGUCAAGAGCGAUUUCUCUCUCCAAGACUUUCCAAGUCCUCCAGCUUCGCUAUUCCGAGCCCCCGCAUCCACCGCUCCACCUACGAUAGAGUUGAUGCCACCGCCUCCUGCCGUGACCCAGCCCCUGUCAAUCAAAUCUUCGCGAUCAAAGGCCAAAGGCACGGCAGGUACAGAAAAAGGCGAGUCGACACCUUCAUCGUACGAAAGUGGGGAUGUUGUGGUUGAGGAUGUUCAAUUUGCCAUGGUCCCCCCGCGCCGGCCCAUUGCGUCGACCGCUUUUCGGAGAGCCAGUUUCCCGACGGUCGUUCGAGACAGUUCAAUCUCAAGCCUUAUUGAUGCGCCCAUGCGCAUUAUUUCCGGAUACGCAGAAUCGGAGGACGACGUGGGUGCGAAGCGGGUUCGGAUGAGCAGCACUGGAAAUAGGCUCGAUGUCACCUCUUUCAUAGGCGAAUUGACAACACCAGGAGUGACUAGUCCGGGACCUCGCAGCUUCUUACCGAGCCGAGACCGAGGAGAUUCUAUGGCUUCAAGAUUAUCCCCACUGCCAGAAGAUACCUCACGGCACCCAUCAGUGGAGAUUAUUGAUAUUCGUAUGAAGUCUCCAACCUUUAGCCCUGCGAUUGCCAUUACCACAAAGGGAGGAAGUACCGCUACGAUUCCGUCGAAUCCACCCCCUCGCACGCCAAAGGUCUCGUUUGCAGAAGCCGCCAACAAUCCUCCAUCCUCGAGCCGCCUCAAAGUCAUGAAACCGCCCUCGCCUACAAACACGUUGCCAGCUUCUCCACGACCUGGUGGAAAUAGCCCAAACGAGAGCCCACGUAGGCAAGUCGCGUUCAAACCAGCAACUUCGUCGCCUCUGGCAACCAGUCCCGGCUUCAUCGUCCCGGCAUCCUCGACCGCUUCGCCAACUGCUGGUUCGCCUACGACGCGUCGUCUCAAGGCCACUUAUCCUGGACUAGGCGCAAACGGGGCUAAACCGGUCAUCAGUGGUCCCUUCCCUCUUGGAACAGGCGGCGGCAUGCGUGAAGAUGGCACAGAGUAUCAAGCUCCGCGACGUCCACCACAAGUCAGGACUGCUCGAUUCCUCUAG